AUGUCAGAGGACAAAGAUCAGGCUCUUGUAUGGAAAGUUAAAAAUGGGGAGCUGAUUGAUGUUAAGAAAUAUGUGGAAGAAGAGGGAGUAGAUGUCAACAAGCAGUAUCAAGGUCGAUUUCCUCUACAUUAUGCUGCAGACUACGGCCAGACGGAAGUUUUAGAAUACUUGUUGUCUAAAGGUGCUACAAUUGAUGCUACUGACAAGUAUGGCAUUACCCCGUUGUUGUCUGCCAUCUUUGAGGGACAUACGGCCAGUGUGAAGUUGCUGUUGGAGAAGGGUGCCAAUAAAAGUGGAAAGUCCCCAGAUGGUGCCAGCUAUAUAGACUGCGCCGAGAAGGAUGAGAUCAAAGCUCUCCUCAAGUAG